AUGGCGGAAUCGUAUCAAUGGAAAAAAUACGGGCAUAAAUUCCUGUCUUCUCAGAAUGCAAAAAGGUUCUACUACCACUGCGCGGAGCGCGACACCACCGGCUGUCCCGCGAAGCUCAUCAUCGACAAGGUCCCGAAGAAGAAGUCCAAGCACGGCCGCCGCCCGGAACUUAAGGACUUGGUGGCGGCGCGGGAAGUUCCAGGAUCCGCCGCGCGGCGGCCGCCGGUUGAUGGAGCUGUUGUUGGGGCUGAUCGCGAGUCCGGCUCGCCGCGACCUGCGGUCGCUGGCCUGGGGGAGAAGGGAGAAGACUUGGACGAUUCCGAUUUCGGAUGGGAGGAGAAUCGCGAGAUUCUCGACGCGCUUCCCGUGCUCGAGCGACGCGUGGAUCGCACGCUCACCCCCCGCCGCUUCUGGUGCCGCAAUCGGCACAACCACCUUCCGCCGCCGCAGCAGCCGCUCCACAUGAUCGUCUCCGCCGCCGCCGUUGCGCAGCCCCGCAUCCACAUCGCGGCGGCGAGAGCCGGCGUAGCUACUAAUGCUUCCGCCGCCGCCACGGUGCUUCCGCCGCCGCCGGCGGGUACCAUGACCAUCCCGCCCGCUGCGACGCUUACUGCCCCGAAGGUCGUGCGGACGGCCUCCUCCACCAGCGGCGCCGAGAACGCUGGCGGCGGCGGCGGGAGCGGCGGAGGGACCCCGCGCGGCCCGCUGACCCCGACUCUAGCGGACUGGCCGCUUCCGCCCAAGUCGCGCAGCCCGCCGGUGGGGCCAAGCAGCCCCGAACCUGCGACGGCGGGGCUGGAGCGCGGAUCUCCGCCUUGCGGGUUUCCGCCGCGCGGAUUGCGGCCGAGCGGAUCUCCGCCCUGCGCGCACGCAGGUCGGAAACGGGCGCGGAGCCCGGUGGCGCGCGGCGCGGCGGCGGACGAUCAUCACAAGACUAGGACGAAUGAUGCCGCCGCCACGGGGUGGGAUCGCGGAAGCGCCAUGAUGACUUGGCGCCGGCUGUGCGGCACUGCUGGCAGCGAUCAUGACGUGUUGGCCGUCAAGCGCGGCGAUUCCGCGAUGCAUCCGCAACCCCCGCCGACCGCCGCGCCCGGCCCUUCCUCUUUCCUGUACUCAUUCCCGCCGUUGGGCGCGUUAAAUGCGCGGUCGACGCGUAAAGCCCCUCUGCUCUCCGCGCUGCUGGACACCCUGCGCCCGACCGCCGCCGCCGCCGCUUCUGCCGCUGCCGCCACCAACGUUGGUGCUGCGGCGGGCGCAGAAGCGCGCGACAGCUCCGCGGCGGCGGGCGUGCGGCAAAGCGCGGGCGGGUACGACGGCGGUCUGCUGGGGGGGAUUGCGUGCGCGCGAAGUCCCGCAGCCGAGGUCAGCCUGACAGCGCAACUCGUGUUCCCCCGCGGCAGCGUCCGCGUCUCCUCCGCGCGCGGAGACUCUGCUGACGCCGCCGCCCCCGCGUCCGCGGACGCAAGCGCGGUGAGGGCGGCGGCGGAGGGAUUGAACGCUACUGAUGGCGGCGUGGCGUGUGGGAAGGCGGAGGAAGGGUUUGAGACGCUGUGGUCGUAUGUGGAGGCGAAUCUGCAGCAUCGCGUGGCGUCGCAAGCAGCUGCUGCAGCCGCUGCUGCAGCUUCCGCCGCUGCCCCGUUCGCGGUGGCUUCGCAAGCAGCAGAUACCGCUGCUGGCCUGCAUGGGUUGGGGAUGAACGGGCGCAAGAGCGUUCAGCACAGGCCGGUGGUGGCAAGACUGCCACGUGGGAUACUAGGAUUGGGCGAGGCGCAGCAAGAGGAGGCACCGCAGCGGGCUGAGGGUGCUGCUCAGGCGGUUACCGAUAUUGUGUUUCAUGCUGGCACGAGCUGCCCUGUUCUGCCCCCCCUGUCGUCCUCCAUCCCUGCUGCUUCUGCUGCUUCUGCUGACGGUGGCGCUGGCACGGGCACGGCUGGCAGAAUGUUUGAGGAGAUUCAAGCGCUGUACCUUCAAGGGAGGCUGAGCGGUCAGGGUCUGGUGGGGAGCGGUGGUGAGGGAGCGCAGAAGCCGCAACAGAGCAGCGCCUUCAACACCCCCCUUCCGUCACAGUUGAAAUUCGUUGGGUUCGAAACGCAGCAAGUCUGCUUAGAGUAA